UGUGUCCUCUCCGCAGCCUCCAAACCUCUCUCCUCAUUUCAAGCCUUUGCCAAAUUCCCUCCUCCUUCCUCCUCCUCCUCCUCCUCCUGCUCUUCUGCCUGCCAGUAGCCCCUCUCAGCAGGCCGCGUAGCGGAGCAUUCACACCCCUCUGUCGCCGUUUAGCGGAUGGAGCUCUCAGCUUGAGCCGGAGGGAGGAGGAGAAAGAUGAACGGUAACCCGUGUGCCCGCAGGCUGGCCCGGCGCUCCAAAUCCGCCCUGCUGAUCGCCGCUCUUGCCGUCCUGCUGGUCCAGACUCUCAUCGUGUGGAACUUCAGCAGCCUGGACUCUGCCAGCGGGGACGGAGGCGCCAGGAACCGGGAGAAGAGAGAGGACCGAGCCGGGGGGCUCAACAAAGCCGACAGGGUGCAACCGCGGAGUGGGCUGCAGAAGAAGGGCGACCCGCCUCCCUCGCUCGGAAAGGCGGCCGUUCGGCACAAGCUGCAGGCGGACGUCUACCAUUCCCACCGGCCCAAAGAGAAGCUUCACCUGGACAGCAACAACAAUGAGAACUCUGUCCCUAAAGACUUUGAUACCAUUGACAGCAACAGCAACCUGGGGGCUCGAUCUCAACACCAGCGAGUGCCGGUUGCAAACCCCAAACGCAAGCUGGAUAAGGCCCAGGCACAGAGCAUGCUGGGAAAAUCUGCUAACGAGGUCCUCAAGUACCCUCCUGUCAAAUCCAGAGGGGUGGGCCACAAUCACAACCGCACCCACGCCCGUAAACCCCAUCCCCAGGUUCCAACCGUCCCAACACCGGUCCAGGGGUCCAAUCAGGAUCCACCGUUCUACAAGGCGAAAAUGUCAGCCUCCCAGCUGCUACCCACUUCGGAGCCGAGAAAGGACCAGCCGCAGUGUGAAAUCAGCGGGAAGGAAGCCAUUUCGGCUCUGUCCCGAGCCAAGAGCCGCGAGUGUCGGCUGCAGAUAGUGGAGGUCUACUGCAAACACAAAGACAGGGCGCUGAUGCCUGAGAAAGUGCCUCGCUACUGCCCCAUAGAAGGUAAGGCUAAUGUGAAUGUACAGUGGGAGGAGGACCCCUCAGAGGCUGCCCAGCUGGUGCCGGCACGGAUCGCCUUCGUCCUUGUCAUCCACGGCCGAGCCGUGCGUCAGUUCCAGCGCCUCUUCAAAGCCAUCUACCACACCUCGCACUACUACUACAUCCAUGUAGACCAGAGGUCCAACUACCUCUACAGAGAGGUUCUGACUCUGGCCGGACAGUAUCCCAACGUCCGAGUGACUCCCUGGCGGAUGUCCACCAUCUGGGGCGGGGCAAGCCUGUUGACUAUGUACCUACGCAGCAUGGAGGACCUUCUUCAAAUGUCCGACUGGUCCUGGGACUUCUUUAUCAACCUUAGCGCUGCAGACUAUCCCAUCAGGACCAAUGAACAGCUGGUGGCUUUCCUUUCCAAGUACCGCAACAUGAACUUCAUCAAAUCUCAUGGCAGAGACAACGCACGUUUCAUUCGUAAACAGGGUCUGGACCGCCUCUUCUACGAGUGUGACACCCACAUGUGGCGUCUUGGGGACCGCAAGAUCCCAGAGGGCAUUGCGGUGGACGGAGGAUCUGAUUGGUUCCUGCUCAACCGGCCCUUUGUGGACUAUGUGGUCAACUCCCGGGACGAGCUGGUCAGCAGCCUGAAGCACUUCUACACCUACACACUGCUGCCUGCUGAGUCAUUUUUCCACACUGUGCUGGAGAACAGCGCCCAUUGUGAGACCAUGGUGGACAACAACUUGAGGCUCACCAACUGGAACCGCAAACUGGGAUGUAAAUGCCAGUACAAGCAUAUUGUGGACUGGUGUGGCUGCUCACCCAAUGACUUCAAGCCCUCGGAUCUGCCACGCUUCCAGCAAGCGUCCAGACCCACCUUCUUUGCCAGGAAGUUUGAGGCCAGCGUCAGUCAGGACAUCAUCAACCAGCUGGACUCCUACCUGUUUGGACCGUACCCCCCAGGCACCCCGGGCCUUCAGGCCUACUGGGAAAACAUCUAUGAGCAGGAGACGGACGGCCUCGCCAGCCUAUCAGACUCCACGCUCAGCCACUACCACGCCUUCGCUCGCAUGGGACUGUCACGCGCUGCCAGCUCGCUGCAGGGACAUCCCAAUGACAACAGCUGCAGGUACAUGGCUAUGAGCCACCCAGUGUCGGUCCACCUUUACUUCCUGUCAGACCAGUUUCAAGGCUACCUAGUGCGUCACGUGGCCACUAACCGAGCCUCCACUCAACUGGAAACCUUGGAGACCUGGGUGACUUCCAAAGACCACUUCACCCUGGCCAGCCCCCACAACCCUACCAACAGGCUGCAGCAUGUCCAGGUUGGGGCUGACUGGGAUCCUAAGGAGCGUCUCUUCAGGAACUGGGGGGGUCUGCUGGGGCCCAAGGACGAGCCGGUGGCAGUGCAGCACUGGAGCCGAAGCCAGAGCAACCUGACGGCCACUGUGGUGUGGAUUGACCCCACCAACGUCAUCGCAGCCACUUAUGACAUCCUGGUGGAUGCCUCCGCUGAGGUCACCCACUAUCGGCCGCCACUCACCCUGCCCUUGAGGCCUGGCUUGUGGACACUGAGGGUGCUGCAUCACUGGAACCCGCUGGGCCAGACCAGCUUCAUCGUGGCUCCGCUGGAGUUCCACCGACAGCAGCCCUUACAGCAAGAGGAUGCCCUGCGGUUGCACGGUGGCCCAGCCAGGAAUUCCUACAUGGAGCAGAGUUUCCACGGCCUGAACCCGGUGCUUCGACUGCCUGUGAGUCUGGGCGCCGUGGAGGAGGCGGAGUCCAACGCUGCCCUGACGGGGGUGCCGCUGCGCCGCUGGCUGGACUGGCUGCUGGAGGGCCACUGGUCGGCCGCAGACGUCUGCUCCAUGGGACCCAGCGCCUGUCCCGUCAUGCAGCGUUGUCGUCUGACCGCCUGGAGCGCCGCCAGCCCCGACACCAAGUCUGAACUGAACCCACCCAGAAAGGACGGACGGAUCAGGUAGCAGACGGACAGGCUGAGGGAGGACAAGAGGAACAAAUGAAGGAAGACAUGGGGCUCAUGUCCUGUUUGUGUCUUAUAUUUAUUUAUUUAAAAUUUGUGCAACAUCAGAGUAAAAGGAAAUGGAUAAAUGAAACUUUGAAGUCAGCGACAGGAAGAAGAGGAACUAACUCAAAACACUGGGAAACAAAUCUUCAGUCCUUUUACUUUGCUGCUCAAAGCCCUCACGUAUGUGUGUGUGUGUGUGUGUGUGUGUGUGUGUGUGUGUGUGUGUGUGUGUGUGUGGACACGGUGUGUCAGAAGAACUCUAUACCUCGUUUGUGAGUGUUUUCCUGGGUUACGGUAUGCAAGUGAUUUAUACAUGUCCAGUUGCUAAAAACUGACAUAGUUGCUCGUUCUUAGGCCAUUAUUGAUAUUGUUUACAGCUUAGUGCUCAAUUUCCUGAGAGAAAUGGAUUCAUAGUGAUCAUACUUUUUCAUUUCAGACUAUUAUCCCCAGAUUACAAUUGUAUUCAAAAGGUUGAAAUAUUUAAAAUGCAACUUCCUAGAAAUGAACACUGAUCCUACAAAAUAAGUACUAAUUUAGUUUCCCCUAAAAAAAAAAAAUAAUAAUAAUUUUGCGAUGCUGUACGGGAAAUGAAGACAGAAGUUUGCAUUCUUUCUAAAAUAUUAAGUCAACAGGCUUUUUCAACCACAAAUGUGAUAUAGUUUGCUGAAAGAAUCAAGAGUAUUUUUUUGAAGAUCUAAAUCAAUUUGUAUUAUAAUUUGAAACUCUCAGCCUAAUCUUGUUUUAUCUGAGAGUUUCAAAUUACAACAAGACUACAGCAGCCCAUCAUUUAAAUCACCAAAGGACAAUGUUUGAGUUCUGGAGAACACUGCACACUUAAAUGUUGGGAUAACCGGCCUGAAACAAUUACUUUUCUUGAUGUUUUCCAGCUGUCAUGCAGGGAUAAUGAGCCUGAAAAAGGCAUCAGCUAUAGAUGUCCUCAUACAGAGCCAGGUGGGUGUCAGGAGAAUUUCUAAGAAUGAAUAUUUAUUUAUUUUUCUUUCAUUUGGUUGAUUGAAGCGACGUGCAAAGCAAAGACCACAGUUCCCAUUUCACCACAGUCAGUGUUUGUUUCUUUUAACCAUUAAUACUUUGGCUAACAUUAACCAUGUUGCUUUAUUUGCCUGAAAGGGUACUGCAAAUAGGAAAACACUGUAAAGAGUGGUGGAAUAAGUACCCAGAUCCUUUACUUUAGUAAAUGUAGUAAUAGAACAACAAAAACCAACAGCCCAUUAAGUAAAAGUACAUAAGUAUUUUUAAGCAAAAAGUACAGUUUGUAGAAUGGCCCCUUUAAGUGUGUCUUGAUAUUACAUAUAAUAUUGGUAUGCUAAGUUCAAGGUUCAACUACUUAAUAAAUUGGUUUAAUCUAUAAAAAGUAAUUUUAUAAAUUGCUGUAUUAUGUAAACUAUAAAAAGUAGCCAGUACCAAGCUAAACGCUGUCAGAUGGAGUGAAAUACAAAAGUACAAUAUUUGUUGUCAAGGUAGUUUAGAAUUGUACUUGAGUAAAGGUACAUUGUUACUUUCCACAACUCAAACUACAUGUUAACAUGUUAAAAGAUUUCUCCUCUGACACGGCCCUGCUCUGUAUUCUGGUGGGUUUGGUUUUCUUUCUGUGCCAUGUCUGAAUCCUUCAGAACGCCUGAGCAACUGUUACUCAGAACAGAUUCACCUUCACAUUUAUUUAUUUUUUUGUCGUAAAGUCAUUUUCUAUCUGCUCUUGGCUCGAGAAACUGAUGUGACGAUGUCCAAGUGUACACAUGAGUGAGUUUUUUUUUUUUUUUUAAGUCGGUGACUAAUUUGAUAUGCUGAUAUUUGCAGCGGGUGAGAUUGUUUUUUUGAAAAAAAUAAAACGUCUGCCUUUGUUUCUAAAAGGCCUCCACAUGUUGUCAGGACUGAUGGUAAAUGUUUUGGCUGGUUAAAUGUCCUCUCCUAAUCUGCUCUCAUUUUAACUACUUUGUGUGUUUUUGUACGACCAUAAGUGCUUAAGUACAGCUACAUAUUUUUAACUAAGGAUGUUUUGUUGGUCAUUUUUAGGCUGGGCUGUCAGUUACAAUAUUUUGUAUUAAUUAGUGCGUUAAGUUUUUUUUUUAAUAAGUUGUUUAAUCUUUAAGAUGUAAAAAAUAGCCAAUGUCCAUCAGCAGUUAUAACAAUCUAUGCCUUACAAAUGCAUACUUGUAUAUGUCUGAGCACCAAAAUGUUUUUUUAUUUAUGAUACUAAAGCAGCAUUAAAAAGGUCAUUGAAAUAGCUUAUAAGUUGUUUACUAAAUAUUGUUAUUAAAUAACGAAUGUUUUAGGAAUAUAGAUUUCAAAAUGUAUAGAAAAAAUGUAGACUAGGAAUAACCAGAACAACUUGGUUUAUGUAUUGGUAUAUUAUAAUCAUAAGCCUUCCAUACUUUACAUUACUUGCAUAACCUGCAUCAUCCUGUGAGUUGGGUUGGGAUGUAGCAGGUGAGAAGGAGAGGGCAGGCCAGCCAGGACAUUUAGAUGCACCUUUAGAUUGCCAUGCUGCUCAGUGAUGGACAUUGUGCCAAGACAUAAAAUAUUCAUACUAGGUCUGGGUUGCACCAGUGAAGAUGAAGGUUAUACUCUGCGGUUUUUAUGAUCAAUAAUGCAUAAAAUCUGUGCAAAAGUCAAAUCUGUUCUAACAGUUUAACAUGGAAAAAACUAAAUCCAAUUCAGGUUAUAAUGGGUUCAGAUCAAUUUGCAUUACAUGGGGUUCUGAAUUGUAAACUACUGUUCAAUCACGCAGAAAUCGAAGGAGCAGAUGGGAUUACAUUUCACACAAAUUAUAACUUGAUUUUCCAAAAGACAAUUACUAAAUGUAUUGAUUAAUAAUAAUAAUGGCAGUCCCUUUCAAAACAAUAGUUCAACAUUGUGAGAAAUGCAGAGUUAGAUGUUGAGAUUGACACUGCUCAUGUCUGUGCUGUAAAUAUAAAGCUACAGUUAGUAGCCAGUUAGCUUAGCUUAGCAAAAAGACUGGAAACAGUAGGGAAAAGCUAGCCUGGCUGUCCAAAGGUUACAAAAGCUGCCUAACAGCUAAAGAUAACUAAUUAACUCAAAGAAGUACCUGAUUUUAGCCCC